AUGGCGGAAAGUGACACUGCAUACGUCCUUGUGCCGGCGUCCGAGGCACAGCAGCUGGAGGCAGAUAAGUACACGUACAGCUCAUGGGGCGCGCCACUCCUGACGCUGGACGAGUACUUGGACCGAGAGCAUGCCUUGUGUGCAUCCGCCUUUGCGAAAGAAUCCCUCACUGGCUACGUCCUGGUCCCAGCGACGACUCCAUCGACAGUCGACAUCUUGUGCUACGUGGAGGUGUUCAAGCGACCAGUGUGGUACAACGGUGCCCGCUUGUAUGGGUACAGCGUUGGAUCUGUGUACACCCCCGAACAGCACCGCAAGAAAGGGUAUGCGUCCAUCAUGCUCCGUCUCGUUCUUGCGUACAUGCGCGCCGACCAGCAGCAACACCAACCCGACAAUGCUUCUUCCGUCAAUUUAGUGAUCUCCAACCUCUAUUCCGACAUUGGGCCUUCGUUCUACGCGUCCAAAGGAUGGGCUGUCCAUGCUUCCGAGCAGCUCGUACUUCCGUCGACCCAUGCGAUGUUGUCCACAUCCCGUCCGCCGUCGGUCACUGCCGUCGACUCGUUGGAUGUGUUGGCCCAAGUGUGCCAGGCAGACGUCACUCGCAUGCAGCAGCUCACUUGUUCGUCCGCCGUGUACUUUGAGCUGACGCCGUCGGUCGUGCUCUGGUUCCAUGCGCGUGCCGCCUAUUACGCCCGCACCAAGACAUCGUUCCCAUCCCCACCAACCUCCCACGGCGUCUGGCUUCAGACUCGUCCUUAUGGCACUUGCUCGGCUGACGAUGCGUUCAUCCUCUGGACGCAUGACUUCAAGAGCAACGUGCUCUCGAUCCUGCGCUGCCAUGCCGCCACCGCCGCGACAUUUGCUGUCCUCAUGGACGCCGCCCUGGUCGAAGCGCGCCAGUGGCACUUGGCGUCGGUGGUCACAUGGAACCCCCAUCCAGCCUGGCUGGACGACCAAUUGCUUUCGUCUGUGGAAACUCGGACGGAAUCCCUGCCGUCGCUGCUCGUGUCCAAUGGCCACGACACCGUCCACCACCCUGUCCUAUGGCUCGCCAACGACAAAUAUGCAUGGGUCUAACUAACCUAGAGGACUACAGUACUCUCUAUUCCACUACGAGUAACGUUACUUGGCAAUCUUGUCUC